AUGUUUUCUACCUUAAUGAGCUCCAGCCUCGGGGCUGUUUUCCUUGCUUCCCUCGUUCAGGCCAACCCCAUUCGUUCAGCCGAACCAAGGCAAGCAGGUUGUGGUUCUAAUGGACCUGGCAACCGAGCUUGCUGGAACGGAGACUUCAACCUCGACUCGGAUUUUGAGAUUCUCACACCACCUCAGGGAAAGUUGAGAACGUUCGACUUCACUCUUAGCAACUUGACCGACAUUGCACCGGAUGGAGUUCACAAGCCCGCCAUGCUGAUCAACAACCAAUUCCCCGGGCCGACGAUCGAAGCGGACUGGGGCGACUUUGUCCAGAUCCAUGUGCACAACCAACUCCAGAACAAUGGCACCUCCUUCCAUUGGCAUGGCAUGCACCUGCGUGGUCAGAACGACCAAGAUGGCGCCAACGGUGUCACCGAGUGCCCCAUUCCUCCUGGUCAGAGCAAGACGUACUCUUUUCAGCUGACGCAGUACGGCACAUCUUGGUAUCACAGCCACUUUUCCGCCCAGUACGGCAAUGGCGUUGCAGGCGCCAUCAAGAUCAACGGCCCGGCGUCUGCAGACUACGACAUCGAUCUCGGCCCAUACGUGAUCAGCGACUGGUACUACGACACUGCAGACCAUCUUGAGCGCCAGGCCGAACUCGUGUCGAACGGGCCCCCACCAGCCAGCGACAACAUUCUUUUCAACGGCAAGAACAUCAACCCACUCGGCGCGGGCGGUCAAUACCAGAAGACCAGGUUGACGCCGGGCAAGAAGCACCUUCUCAGACUCAUCAACACUUCUGUGGACAAUACUUUCACGGUAUCCAUGGUUGGCCACAACUUCACCGUCAUUGCCACCGAUCUUGUCCCUGUCAAGCCUGUCACAAAAGACAGUCUCUUCAUGACAGUCGGUCAGCGGUACGAUGUCAUUAUUGAAGCCGACAAGGCGGUCGAAAACUACUGGUUUAACGCAACCAUCGGUGGAGGUGGGUUUUGCGGAGAGUCCAGGAACCCAUACCCCGCCUCCGUCUUCUUCUACGAUGGGGCUCCCGAUAGACUCCCCGUCGACCAGGGCACGCCUCCCGCAGACCUAGGCUGCAAAGACACCACGGGAUUUACUCCCAUCCUCUCCAGAACCGCACCCAAAUCCGAAUUUGACCCGAACAAGAAGAUUCUUGAUAUUGUCCUGGACCAGCCGGAGAUCAACGGCACCAAGGUCUUCCGCUGGAAGGUCAAUGGUAACGACAUCGACGUUCAGUGGGACAAGCCCACCCUCGAGUACGUCGCCGAGGGCAACACAUCCUGGCCGGCGCGUGCCAACAUCAUUGAAAUCCCUCAGGCUGAUGCAUGGACGUGGUGGGUCAUUGAGAACGGCGGCGCUCUCCCGCACCCCAUCCACCUUCACGGUCACGACUUCUUGUUGCUUGGCACCGGCGAUGGGGCGUUCACCAGCGCGGAGACUCUGAACUUUGACAACCCCACUCGCAGAGACGUCGCGCAACUCCCCGGUAGUGGGUGGAUGGUGAUCGCUUUCAAGACGGAUAACCCGGGCGCCUGGCUUAUGCAUUGCCACAUUGCCUGGCAUGUCAGCAUGGGUCUCAGCGUCCAGUUCCUCGAGCGCAAGGACGAGAUCGCUCAAGAGAUGGACUUGUCGUCGAUCGCACCAACUUGCGAUGCGUGGAGGAAGUACUACCCGACAGCACAGUGGCCCAAACACGACUCUGGGCUGUAA